AUGGCCGAAAAAGUUAGAUACUACCUUGAACAGUCCGUUCCGGAGUUGGAAGAUCUCAAGAGAAAGGGUCUCUUUGACAAGGGCGAAAUCACGAUGAUCAUGAGAAGAAGAACUGACUUUGAGCACCGCAUCACCGGCAGAGGGGCCAAGCCGAGAGAUUUCUUGAAGUACACCGAGUUCGAAACCAACUUGGAGAAGUUGAGAAAGAAGAGAUACGUUAGGUUAUCGCGUGCUGGGUUGAUCGAGACCAAGCCGUCGAUUUCCGACUGGGCGGGGAUGAGACGUGUGCUCUUUGUUUUUGACAGAGCCACCCGCAAGUUCCCCGGCGACUUGAACAUUUGGGGGUCGUACUUGCGGUUUGCACGCAAAAAUGGUGCCAUCAAAGUGAUCUACAGGGCCUACACGAGAUUGUUGCAGUUGCAGCCAAGAAACGUGGACGCGUGGAUCAGCGCGGCCAAGUACGAGUUCGAAGACAACGCGAACGCAAAGGGGGCCCGUACCUUGUUGCAGAAGGGGUUACGCUUCAACCCGGAGUCCAUGACCUUGUGGCUCUCGUACGCAAAGUUUGAGUUGGCCUACAUCACCAGGUUAUUGGCCAGAAGACGCGUCUUAGGGCUUAUCACCGAGAAGCAGCAGCAGGAGCAAAUGGACAGUGAGCAACAGGACGUGGCAAAAUCGGUGGAAAGCUCCGCUAACCUUGCGAUCGACGAGCCUGACCACACCAGUGACAAGAUUGUCUUGCCGUCUGUCACCAAUGAGGACUUGCGCGAAGAGUUGAACCAGUUGCCAGAAGCGGACAUAAACAUGCUCGGGAACCCAGACACCAACCCUGCCUUGCGUGGUAACGUUGUGUUGGCCGUGUUUGACGUGGCAAUGCCAAGCUUGUUGAAGACCAUGCCGUCUGACGAGUUUAAUGCCGCCAGAAAGGUUGACAGAGCGUACGAGAUUGCCCACGAGUUUUUGGCGGUAUUUGACCAGUUCACCGAGUUGGACCGCCCCUACUUGUCUGGUCAUGUCGUGGACUACUUGAACCAGGAAUUACCUAACGACGCCAGAACCAAGAUGUUGGACGUUGUGUUACCGCUCAGGACCAUGAGCUUUGACGAUAACGAGUUUGCCACCACCUUGCAGUUUGUGGUCAACAAGUUCAUCGCCUACAAGUCGAAAAUGCAGGAACAGGCCCAGAAGGACGACUUUACCGCCAUGUUCACCACCUACUUACAGGAGAGGUUCUUGCAGUCCGACCCGCAGCCUACCGAACGCAUCCAGACUUUGUUGCAGGCAAUUAUCAAGAAGGUGAGAAACUAG